CCUUGCAUUUCGUUGGACGAAUUAUCUGGUGUUGGGUUGGGAUUAUUUUUUUCUUGGGUUCUGUUCAGAUCUUGUCAUUUUUCUCUUGAUAUAAAAAAAAGCAUAGCGUUUGCUUUUCAGGGGGAAAAGUGUCUGGUUUGCUUUUUUUUUCUACAUUAAUCCAGUCCUUACCAUAUGCAACCGUCAAUGGAAGGCAAACCCAUCGCCGGUUCCUCAUUCAGCUCACAAAAAGAAUACCUAUUGUCGUAUCCUGGUCAUUCCGGGGUCGAAAACGCUUCCCUAGAAAGUACCAAGACCGAUCUUAGUCUAAACAGCAGAGACGUUAUCGUCGGUGAACAAUGGCUUGUGCUCGCCAAAGUAGGCGAAGGCUCCUUUGGUGAGGUGUUUGACGCCCAAGAUAUAGGUACAGGCCGUCAUUAUGCCAUCAAACGAGAAACCCUGAAAAUGCGCCAUCCGCAAUUAGCCCAUGAAAGUCUCAUGUACGAUGUACUGGCUGGUGGACCGGGCAUUCCUCAGUGUCACUGGCAUGGUCAACAUGAAGAAUUCGAUUGCAUUGUCAUUGACUUGCUAGGUCCCAAUCUCAACCAACUUCGUGAAACGGUCUCGAAAGUACCGGUGGAUAUCGCCGUGCAAUUCGGCUGUCAAAUGGUUUCCAUCCUAGAACACAUCCAUAAACGCGGUCUUGUAUACCGAGAUGUCAAACCCGACAACUUUUUAUUCAGUGCCUCAUGUCAUUUGCCGGAACCCGAACUGAUAGAAACGCAGGACGCCGAUGGGGCCCAUUACGCUUACUAUAAAUAUCCUGACUGCGAAACCAUUUUUGAAUCGUGGGGGGAAGGGGUGCCCACCCUUCACGUCGUGGACUUUGGAUUGGCGUCCUGGUGGCGAGAUCCGAAAACCAACAAACCUUAUCCGGAACUGAGGAAGCAUAUUCGCAACAAAACUGGCACGGCUCGAUAUGCGUCUCUCAAUGUCCAUCGUGGCAAAGUCCAUGCACGUCGCGAUGACCUGGAGAGCGUCGGUUAUCUUUUGUUGGACCUUGUAUUUGGGUCUUUGCCUUGGACCGGAAUUCAGGCGAAAAAUUCCAAAGCGGGAUGGGACCGUAUGCGACACAUGAAAGAAGACACGUUCAUGGCCGACUUUUGUGCCGGUUUACCUACGGGGCUUUUAAAUUACAUUGAAUAUACCCGGCGACUUCGAUUUGCCGAUCAACCCGACUACGACUACAUGCGACGUUUGUUGAAAGGAUGCUUGGAAGGAGGCGAAUUUUCAGAGCCUGUGCGAUCACCUUUUGGAGGUUCCACCACGUCGGGGCGGUGGGAUCAGCAACACCACCCUGAUACAGGACCGGCAAAACCUAACCAGAAAUUCGCCCAAACCAAUCGUCGCCUUGAUCCGGCUGAAUCGAUGACCAACCACAAACGACACACGGGUCGCCCUGCUCCAGAUCAUCAUGAGGAUAUCUUUUCCAUGGACGAUGUAAAACACACUCUCCCCACUUCGACACACGCUUUUCCUGUCCACCAUGAAAAAUCCAAUCAUCUUAAUCCACCUCCUCACCAUCGUUCUCGCCCUCGUCGAUCGAGCAAAGAUCAAGGCUCGCGCCACUCUCCUCAGAUCGCUAGACCUUCUACCUCGCCACCUGCCAAACCAGGCAGCAAGAAAUUAUAUUUACAGAAAAAGAUUGGUUGGAAUACGCAUAAACAUGACCAAGUACCUUGGAAUCCACAGACGGAAUGGAACAACGUGUCUGUAUCACAACCGGACGAUCCCAACACGUUGCAUUGGGGAUCAUCGGACGCGACACCGCAGUGGGGCGAUGUCAAGGUAGACCAAAGUGGAUGGAAAGAAAAUCCGGAUGCAUUCGACUGGGCUCAAGGAAACCCACGUCCUUGGGAACAGUAAAUUAUCACCAUCACCGUCUACCUCUUUUUUUUUUCAUUCAUUCGACUUGUAAAAGUUUUUAAAGAAAUUCACAUUUACACCCCACGUGCAUAAAUAUUUAGUUCUGUACAGUAAAGUUUCAUUGAAAAAAUUCUUGAGCACAAACAAAGAUGAGUAUUGUAGUGCGUCCAUUGAUGCGCUACGUGAAUGCGUUUUGUGUAUUGAAGAACGACGACUUGAAAUAAGAUCAUUCAAUAGUGAUGGAUGUUGCGAAGGUUACGAAUCCAUCCUUUGUCUCUAAGUUACGGUAUCAGAAUCGUAUGAAAGACAUGAC